GUUCAGCCUAGGCGCUUGCGCAGUACGGAGGAACUCGGCCGCUGACAGCUGGGCUUGCGGGCGGUGCGCAUUGGGAGAACCUGGGUGCUGCUGCUGCUGCGGCCGUGGGAACUGGAAGCAGCCUGCCGGGCCAUCCCGCCGCGGUAAGCCGGGGUCGAAGCCGAUGCCGCAGCCGGAAGAAAAUCAUCUCAUAACAAAGAAGAAAAAGGAAGAAGGAAGUAUUGGUUAAGUCUGACAAUCUACACAUCUUCCCCAUCCAAAGCCUCCCAUUUCCUCAAAGAAAGGAGAUGCCUUAGGACAACAUGAGGAUGUCCUGUGGGUCCUGUGCUUUGUAGCCCACAUAUCUAAAGUGACUCUGGUACUCUAGACUGCCGCAUUGUCCCCCCCAACCAAAAGUCCAGUUGCCCACUGAUUGUCCUCUCAGCAUCCUAUCUGAGCCAUGGAAGCCCCCGAUGCUGCUGUGGCAUCUCUGAUUGACUUUGACAGUGAGCCAUCGACCCUGGCCUCCUCAGAAUCACACCCUUUGAAACCCCGAGAUGGAAGUAACUCUCUUGGUGAUGGGGCAUCAGAGAGCGACACCACAGAAUCGGCGGAUAGUGAGAAUGAUAUGGGGGAGUCCCCCACUCACCCGACCUGGGACCAUUAUCACCGCUCAUCAUCCAAUGAGUCCUUCUCUUCAAACCAGAGUACAGAGUCAGCCAAAGAUGAGGAGUCUCUGGGACUCAGGGAAUUUAUGCGGAACUAUGUUGAAAAGAUCUUCUCUGGAGGAGAAGAUUUGGACCAAGAAGAGAAAGCCAAAUUUGGAGAGUUCUGCAGCAGUGAAAAUGGAAAAGGUCGCGAGUGGUUUGCCCGAUACGUGAGUGCACAGCGCUGCUAUUCCAAGUGUGUCUCAGAGGCGACUUUCUAUCGACUGGUGCAGUCCUUUGCAGUGGUGCUGUUUGAGUGUCAUCAGAUGGAUGACUUUGGACCAGCGAAGAAUCUAAUGACCAUGUGCUUCACAUACUACCACAUUGGUAAACCUCACAUGUUGCCUCUGGAAUCCAAGGAGAAACCUGCAGGCAGCAUCGACUCCUACCUGAAGUCUGCUAAUAGCUGGCUGGCGGAAAAGAAGGACAUCGCGGAACGUCUCCUAAAGAACACAUCCGCAAAAACGGAAAAUGUGAAAGGCUUCUUUGGAGGCUUGGAAACCAAGCUAAAGGGACCACUGACCAAGAGAAAUGAGGAGGAUGAAGAUAAACCGAAGAAGCAGCAGAAAUCUGUGACGAUGUACAGCCCAGAUGAAGAGAAGAAAGGGGAGAAGAUCUAUCUGUACACUCACCUGAAGCAACAACCUAUCUGGCAUACCUUGAGAUUCUGGAACGCAGCUUUUUUUGAUGCUGUUCACUGUGAGAGAAGGAAAAGAUCACCUACUACUAGAGGGAAUGCUGGAGAGGAAGAAGAAAAGAGGGAGAAGUGGUGUCACAUGACCCAAGAGGAACGGGCUGACAGUCUUCGAUUCAAUGAGAACAUUACCUUUGGGCAGCUUGGCACAUUUACUCACAACAUGUUGGCUUUUGGGCUGAGCAAGAAGCUGUGCAAUGACUUUCUGAAGAAGCAGGCGGUGAUUGGCAAUCUGGAUGAAGAGCAAUACAAGCUGUUGAGUGACCAUAUUGAGCAAAUGACUAUGGAGUAGCUCUGACGAGGACCAAAUCUGCAGCAUCUACUGAGGGAGGAGUACAGGUGGAGUCUCCUCCCCAAACACCCAGGACCAACAACCAGCUCUUAGCACCAUUGCAAUUAACCUGCAUGACUGUCAGCCAUACUUAGAGCCCCGAUCUGCCAGUAGACCUAGGAGUGAAGAAAAACUUUGUCCUUUCCCCUUGCCUCGUCCUCUCUUGUGUGUGUUCUAUACACCAGAAACACUCCUCAGUUUCUAUGGUGAAAGCAGAAUUGAUGAGCUAUCUUUAUAGACCCAAGCAUCCCCUCUAAAAAGUAAAGACCUUUAAAGAAGAGGAAGGGAGGACUAUUUGCAAGGGCAAGUCAUGGGGCAACAUCCCUUACUGCCACAGGGUCCUGAAGGACCUCUGCUAGUUGCUGGCUAUGAGACUUUGGGGGAGGGGGCAGCAUCAUUGGACCAAUAAAGCUGAAUGCUGGGAACUGGGGGAUGAGGGAGUGUCUUUGGUGGGAAUGUAAUGCAUGCAUGUCCGUGUAGCUGUAAGAUUAUAGAAUGUUGUAGAAAGGAUCUUCCAAUGUAGAUUAUUAAAACUGGAACUUUCCUCUGAGAUCUAAUCCAAGCUCGCCUUUUUCAGAUGAGGAAAUUGGUCCCAGAGAAAGUGAGUGACUUGUUUAUAUAAGUUAAUUUAGGAAUCAGAGGAGCUGAGCCCUGGUCUUUUGGUCAAGUUGUACCUCAGUGUCUCUUAUGUAAAGAUAAAUCUGUGGUCUACAGGUUUGGGAUAUUGCAGCUCUGAUCCCCACUAACAUGAAAGACUACAUUCCAUAAGUUAGCAUUGGAGCGCUACCUCCCUUUCCCAACAGGCCUGAGAUGUGGAUUCACUCCUGAUCAGGCAGAUGAGCCUAUUCCAAAUUGUGGCUGUCUUUAAUAGCUGGACUUCUCACUGAAGUCUUACCUGGGAGGAGGGAAGCAUUGAAUUCCAGCAAACCUCCCCUUUGCUUAUUCCUUCUCCUUCCCUUUGAAUGAAGUUGGGCGAGUCACAAGAAGAAAGGACAACCUCCAAUUUUGCAGAAAUAAGGGCAGAAAAUUUUCCUUCCUGACUACAGCAAGGAUUGAACCUGAGGCUAUCAUUAAGGGAGAAUUAUAGUUAGAUGUGUGAAUGAGGCAGUACUCUGGAGACACAGUAAGAUUUGUGUGGACUUAUUUGAGAUGAAUCCUAUCAACACAAGAUGUGUCUGUGCCAGACUGCCUUGGAAGCUUUCAGGAUCAGUGAUUCCCUUUUCUUUUGUAUAUGACAUAUUGAGGGCAGCUCUGGGCUGCCUGCUUUGAAGGAGAUGCAAAAAAGGAGGUCUGUUUGUUCUUCUGGUACCCAGAGCUACUGCCCUUCCUGAAAUCAAACAUCAACGCAAUUUUCCUUGUUGGGCACAAUCCCCUUUCCCCCAUUCCCCUCAUAUAUAAUAUCACAUAUUUAUAUAUGUACAUAGAGUAUCAAAUAGUUCAGUGUUACAUUAAUCUCGGUGUGAGAUGGUUAAAGGAGAAGCAACUUAUGGUGGAAGUUGGCCAAAUUUGGGGAGGGAGAUAUCCCCCCAAGAGGACUCCAUGGAGCAAAGCUUUGUAUCUGAGCCAGUCUGUAUAUGGAAUAGGUUCUUAAGUUGUGACCCUGAUUAUUGUAUAUGUUUAAUGUUUUUUUUUCUUCCAAUAUUCCAGUUAUUACUUACAAAACAGCCUAUGGAGAAAGUCAAAAGCUGGUUUCCUAAGCGCCCUUGUUGGCACAUAAAUGAAAGUAUGUUUUUCCCUAUCACUGAGCCACAGGCUCACCAUAGUUGGGAGAGGGGAGGAAGAGAGUAUUUAAUGGAGAUCUCUGCUUUCCUGCUUGUUCAUCCUCCUUGCUUAUCACCUCAAGCACCUUGAAUCAUUUCCUUUAAUUCUCUGCAAAUGCUAGUGAGUUCCAUAUUCCUUGGAAGCUCUGGCUUCCGGUUUCCACCCGAAGCACCAGAUUAGACUUAGGUACAUGAUGUAUUCUUAUUUUUAAAGUCAUUUAGUCAUAUGUUAAGGUUUAAGCUCUUUCAAAUCAUGUUCUGUGCUCCUUGGGUAAAUGUUUCUAGUGAUGACCAACCCCUGUCUUUCCCUGGUUACAAAGCUAGUCAUCUUCCUCCCCACUUCAAGGGAAGGUUUUCUAUAGAAAUUAAGAAAAAAAAUAAUUUUGUCUGGGUUCUUUUCUCCUUUCCAUUUCCAGUUUAUCCUUCCUAUUAGCACCUCCCUGUACAACACCAUUGAUAAGCACUCCCACCAAACCAGCCACUUUAUACCUUGGAUACCUCCCAUGAAUGUUGUGGACAAAUAAUUGAUAGACACUUCUAAAAAUGACCAUAAUCCAUGGCCAGGUAAACCCAAAACAAAUAGCACAGAGUGAAUAAGCAAUAAAUAGGAUGUAUCUUUUGGGCAUUCGGUGACCCUAAGAAAGGGACAUGCCGAUCUGAAUGUAUUUGUAUGAUUGGUCACCUCCAGAAAUGAUGGGGGUUUGAAGCACUUCAUUUUUCUUUUUCAGUAAUACCACAAUUUAAAAAGCCAUGUAUGAUAUUUUUGAGCCAGCUUCAUUGUGGACCCAUGAUGGGCACUUGCCCUACAGACAGAGUAUUAAGUCCAUGACAACAAAAAAAUCUCCUUGUAACCAAUGGUAGGGUAUCCCCCAAUAAGUCAACAGGUCCCUGCCUUCUCCAACAUCCUUUUUGAAACUUUUUUCAUGGCAUUAACUCUCAUCUAUGUUCUAUGCACAAUAACCCCACUUAUAAAAUAGUUUUGGGGAAAAUAAUCUCUAAGGUCCCUUUCUCCUCUGAGUCUUUCUCCGAGUCUUGAUCUGUUUUCCAUAGAAGAAUUGCUAGUUAUUGUGAUUACCAUAGCUUUAAGUUUUUGCUCUGAAGUUUUCCCCUGUGAAUGCUUUGUUUCCAUAAGCACAUUUGAGGCAGGUUUUGGAUUCUCUUAUUGGAUCUCCUCGGAUUUUCUUUUCUCCUGAUGCCUUUUUCAUGGGUUAUAAAAACCCAGUUUGCCAUUGAGAGACUAGGUGCUAAGGACAGUUGCCCCCUUGGAAAGGAUUUUGGACAUCCCCCCAUUUUCCUUUGCAUUUUAGAACAUUUCCAACAUUUGUUCUUUUUUAAUAAAGCCUCUUUACCUUAGUAUAGUCUUCAGGCACAUCUUUAGAAACUAAUUUAGAAUAGAGGAAAAAGGCUUUUUCUUGGUUGCUACUUCUGUCAGAUCCUUAUUUAUAUCUAAAUCAUAUUCCAAGAAGCUCCAGUGAAACAAAGAAUUGGUUGGGAAAGAUAGAUUACCAGAUUCAGUCCAUGCUUCUGGAUGGCACCAAAGGCUAGGGAAGGGAGAUUUGUACAGGAUUUUAUUUGGGUCUUCCUGAAAUCUCUUCUAGCUUAAAAUCUAUGAAUCCUGUGCUAGAUGCUUGUCUGAGCUUGGCUGUGCUGACUGCUGGGAAUCGAGAUCUCCUUGAGCAAGGCUAUUUAUUGCUCUGCUGCCUGCUGUUCUGUACAAUAAGAGUAGCCCAAAAUAUGAUGAUCUAUAUUCCUCAGUCCUGUCAUGUCACCCAGGAAUCUGUGAUUCUGCCUUAUUUAUCCCUAGGCAGAACAGAUCCAGAUGAUCCAAACAGUUGCCCUUUCCUGGGAUGUUCUUCUUCAACAAAUGCAGAUUUCAACAACAUUCUGUUUGUAGAAAAGCAGAUUGCAUACAUAUGUUUUGGAAUGAGUGCAAGUGAUAACCCGUUGUUGCAAAACUCGGGGACAUUUGGCUCCGUGUGAGAAGCAUCCAACAGUACCCGAGAUCUCUUUUCGGAGGGCAAGAAAAGAACAGCUUUCAGAGCUCAGGGCUUUGCCCCUUUCUGCUCAGAAACCUCAGUGCAAACACUGCCAGUAAGAGAUUUUCAUUGUCUGACCUUGGGGGACUAUCUUGUUCCAAACAAUUCAGUCAGCUUUUCCAGAAAGCAAAAUCUUAUACAAUCUACAUGACACUCAGUUUUUUUUUUUAAUUUUAAAUAUUGUAAAAUAUACCUGUAUCCUUAUAUUGUAGGAUUGCUGAAGUGGAUUUUACGCCUAUACAUUUUGUAGGGUUGUUUUAUUGAUUUGAUUUUUUUAUUGGUCAGAUCAGUAUGAUUUGGUCAUUUUACCAGGUAUAGAGUCAAGCCCUCAAGGUAUUUUAACCUAGAGAGACUAUUGGUCCUAAUGUUAAAGUGGCUGGCUGAUAGCAGGGUUUUUCCUCUUUUAAUAGAAGAGAAGGUUUGGAGUUUAAAAAAAAAGGGCAGUCAGGGGGCUGAGUGAAGGUAGGAAUAUUUUUGCAUUCUUUGUUGACAUUACUAAGCUUGGUGUUAGAGGAAGCAGUAUGCUGGUCUUUGAACCAGUCAUAUAGGUGGGUGUGUUCCAAGCCAUGAAAAAUCAGGUUGACUGCCUUUUCGAGCUCUCAGUCAGUCAACAUUUAUUUAAGACUUAGGAGGUGUCUGCAAAUGUGUUGAGUUAUUGAAUUUUUUAAAAAUCAAAAGCAGGAUUCCUGUCCCUUUCAGCAUUCAGUUGCCCUUCUUCACAGUGAAAUUCCCUGGGAUUUAGUCCUACACGUUCCAACCCCUUGGAGGGCUCUGUUUUUAUUUUUAGAAGGCUGAAGCCACUUGGGCCAUCUAUCUUUCUCUCCCCCUACCUUUUUUUUUUUUUUUUUUUUUUUGGAUGAGGCAAUUGGAGCUAAGUGAUUUGCCCAGUAGAUUUGAACUCAGGUCCUCCUGAUUUCAGGGCUGGUGCUCUAUCCACUGCGCCUUUACCAAAGUACUGUUUACCAGUUUCAAUAAUCCAUCAAUCCAUGCUUUGAUACAGAGAAAUGGCUAGUUGUGGAGUUGUCCACUAACCAUUAUAUUCCAGAAUAGGACUAUUCAUAAAAUGCCAGGAACAGCAUUUUUAUUUAAAUCUGUAAAAAUAGGGAAAAUGUCUGCCCUGUCUCAUAGGAUUGUUGUGAGGGUCAAACAGGAGAAUGAUUAUGAAAAGGUUGGGUGAACCAAAAGUAGAGAACUACAGUACACAAGUCUAGGUUUUCAUUGCCCAUUUUUUGAUACCCUUUUGCUAUGCUAUGCAUUCACCUUACUUACAUCAGCCACACUUUUAUUUGUCUCACUUUCAAUCUAAGUGAUUCCCUUCUUCCUAGCCCAGUUCCACAGAGCCUAGUUUUGGGUGAAGGAGUAUAUUGGGGGCUUCAGAUGCAAGUGAUUUAAUAAUAAUUCGUUUUCCAUCUUAAAAUUUCCCAGUUUCCCAGUAAGACUGACUCUGAUUUCUAGAAGUACAAAUAAUAAAUCAAAGCUUACCCUUUGUUACCAAGAGUGACUGGGAAUACAAUUGCUUGUUAAUUAAAUAUAUACUCAGGUUAAGAGAAAGUUACCUAUGGAUGACUGAUUUUCAGAACAUAAUAAGAAAUCACUUAACAUCAAACCACAUUGAAUUCUAUUGAAUCUUGGACUCAAGAGAAGAAAUCCGGGUUCAUUCAGUGCUGUAAUUUUGAAUCCCAUUGUAGACAGGUGAAAAUAUAACGGGGUUAAUAGAAUGCCAAUCCAACCUGUCUUGUAUCUUAUUGAGCACUUAGUUUGCCCAAGCCACAUAGUGCUAUCUCGAUUUUGUAGGUGAUAUAACUACCUAAAGAAGUCUUUUAAUACAAGAAUAUAAAAUGCCAUGAUGGAGGUGAAUUGUCGAGCAAUUGCUUUCUCCUUUAAUUUAUAAAAUAAUGCUGUACACCAUCUCCCACCCCGCUUUAAUAGAUGUGUAAUCACAUCUCAGCCUAAUAAAGGAAGAAGUCAUUAACUCCCUUGCAUAUUCCACUUCCUCUGACCUUUGCUUGCAAUUUGAAUUCUAUGACAAAUUCUAAGUGCUGAAAGUUAACAGGAACCCAGUAUGAAUAUCUUAUCACAGUAAUGAGAAGAAAAUUUUCUGCCUGUCCCAGAUAGAAGAAUGUGAAAUAGUAAUAUAAUUGAACAGCUCUUCUUUUAAGGCAAGAGAACUACUGAUUCAGGUUGGUUAUUGGAGAGGGACCAGUAACAAACUGAAUCCAAAAAGGACCUGGGUUUGUUCGAAGACUCUACUGCUUCUUCCUUUCUCCAGUCCCAUCUCUCUUGGUCCGGCCCUGAGCCAGGGAUUUUCUCUCUGGGCAUCGAUUUCUUCUCUAAAAUUAAAGGGUUGUACUGGAUCAGGGCUUCAUCUUUGUUUUCUGGAUCCUUUGGCAUCUAGUUAAGCAAAUGGACCCAUUUCAGAAUAAUGUUUUUUAAAUGCAUAAAAUUAAAUAUAGGCUGCAAAGGUAAUAGUCAUAUUGAAAUAGAGGUAACUUUUUCAAGUUCCUUCCAUCUCCUCUGACUUGAGUGAAUGAAAGAUGCAAUGGACUUGGUAUUCAUUUUACUGGCUCUUUUUCAAGGAGAGUAAUUAAAAGGAUUUUUUGGACACUAGCAAAGGGAACUAUUGUCCCUUUAAAAAAGUUCAAA